AUGGACCACUCAGCCGGCCAACGCGUACCGGCCUCAGCAACCAACGGAACGGCCAACCGGGGCUCACAUCCCCACUCAUUGAGUAUCAUCAAGCGGUAUCGGGCCUAUUUCAGUCUGGCCGAAGUGGAUGAGAUGCUCCGUAGACAAUCCGCUAAACUGGUGCCAGCUAGGGUCGAAGCUAUCCGACAACAGGCUUGCGUGUUCAUCGAUAAGAUCGGAAGUCGUCUCGGCUUUCCUAGGCGAACGAUCGGAUCGGCCCUACUACUCUACCACAGAUUCCAUCUAUUCUUUCCAUUCUCAGACUUCAACCUCCAUGAUGUAUCGAUAGCGUCGGUAUGGCUAGCCUCGAAACUAGAAGACACGUUAAAGAAACUAAGGGAGAUCCAACUAGCAGCCUGGUUGGUGCGGAACUUACAGGAGGGAGGCAACGGACUCGGGGAGCCAGAGCCGAGCAUCAUCGAGGCCGAACGACACAGAUUAUCGGGCAUCGAGCGCCUGUUGCUCGAAUCAGUUUGCUUCGACUUCGGAUCGGGUAAGCCGGCGGGCGGCAGGGAUGUGUUUGGCUAUUUGAUCGGAAUCGGGCGCAGGCUUGGACUCUCUAGAAAUCACAUCCAACUCAGCUUUCGAUUGGCAAUCGACUCCCAUCGCACCCUCGUCGGACUCACUUACCCUCCUCAUCUCAUCUCUCUCUCUUGUCUAUACCUCGCCUCUUUCAUGUACCCUAAUCCUCAAGAAGAAGAUCUGAGCAAAUUUGAAUCUAAUUGGAACGUGCCUUAUGACGCAGAUAUUGAGGAUAUUGAAGAGGUCUGUCAUCAGAUUCUGGACCUACUGAUCUCUCUCUCCUCGGCGCUCAAAACAAACCAAUCGCCCUCUUCACCGUCGGAGGCCAAAGGGAUGAAAUCGAGUGCGCUAGGGCUCCCCAGUUCAACUGCGAGUCCGAUCCCCGGGGCGAGCGAACUGACGGGACUGAAGAUCAAGCUCCGCGAGAUCGAGAGUCAACGGCGCGAAUCCUCCGGCUCUGAACCUGCCCCCAGAUUAGUCGCCGGAGGCGCAAUGCUCAGUCAGGAGGUUGAUGAGCUACAGUCCGAUGGUAAAGAGUGGCUUGGGAGGGAUGACGUGACCGUCAGAUUCAUCUUUGGCGCCGACGGAUCCGAGAAUCUCGCCGACCCCUCUUGUCCUCCUUCUCGACCAGGUAUCUAG